AUGAGUGACGAAUUGACUCAAGAUGACGAUGAAUUUGAUGUCGAGAUUAAUAAUCUUCGUAGUGCUGAGAACAUGGGAUAUGAUAACAUGAAGUACCGCGACCGACCAGAUAGCGGACGGGGACGUAGUUUGGAAGAGGACGCAGCCAUUUUUGAUAUCGGGGAUGAAGGUGACGAUGAAGAUGACAAAUGGGAAGAUGAUAAUCAAAGUAAAGAUGAUGAACGCGCAACAACAGAGGAAAAUCAACGAGAUGAGCCACCAGGGAACAACAGUGAGGAAAACUCUCGUAUUGAAACCGAAAUAUCGAAGCUGAAUUAA